UAUUAUAAGUUCUUGUUAACAAGUUCCACUUCUUUCGUACGUUUCGAAUUAUGCGAUCAAAUACAUUAUGGGUAGACACGAACGUACACGUGCGUAUCCCGUCCUCGGUUUUCCGUCAUAAUCGAUUCGAGCACGCGCGCUGUGUGGUCCCGGUUGUCAAAAUGUGUCAAAACUCGAGUUUCGCGAACGACCGUCUCUCGUAUACGAUCAACGAUCACGUCUUCUCUUGACAGCGCUUCUCGAGCCCCUCUCCACGUGUGCAGCGUAUAGUCGUAUACCAAAAAACCGGUUACAUAUAUAUAUAUAAAAUACCCUACAAAUUAAAUUGACCGAUACCAAUUAUUUGCGAACAUAACAUUGUGUCGCUGAAUAAUCGAUAAAUCAAAUGACGAAAAUCGAAAUCAAAAACGAACAACGACGUGACGAGAAAAAGUAUCGAAAACAACAUAUAUCAAACCCGCGAGCAAACAACUUUUGCAUGUCUGGUCCGAAAUACUUGAGUCGAUAUUAUUCGGCUUUUAUUCCACGUUCGUCUUUGUCCUAAUUUCAUUUCAAUCUUCGAGAGUUCACGGUGUCUGUCAUUCAGUUUUACAUAAUGACGAAUUACUUGAACACGAAGCUAUAACGGACACCACUUCCCCGCUUCUGGGACGGGUAAUGCGGUGAAGUGACGGAAGAAACGACCACGUCGCGACGAAAUGUGUGGGUAAACCAUAUCUCUGAUUCUCAGAAUUCUGUACCCCCACCAGUCCGAAUGCAUUUGAUUACAAAGAGGGAUCGGUUCUUGUUUUACGAAGAUGUACGCACGGUCGUUGUAUACGCGGUCAGAUUCUUAGCGUUGACGGAAGUAAGCGGUUCACCGUUUCUAAAGACUCAUCCGGUCGGGAGUAGUUGGCUGAUAUCGUCGCUCGACAUUUUCGAUAAAUUUUUACAUCGUUGCAAUUGAUAAUUGGCGAACGAUGAAUUUCAAUAGCGCGAAAAAUUUCCAUUUAUCGGGCGUUUUUAGUGUACUUCUGGUCUUGUACGUCGCGAGUCAUUUGCCCGCGUGCCAAUCGUUCUGUAUCGUAGUACGGUGCAGAAAUGGACUGGAGUCGGUGAACGGCGAGUGUCUACCCGCUUGUCCACCUGGUAAAAGGAGAUUCGGAAGCCGAUGUCGAACAAUAAGGCGACGCAGAAGUCCGAAUGACGAAGGGUGCUAUGGCAGCGACAAAAUAUUCGUCAGUGACAGCAUAAUAUAUUCAUCCGGACCAUCGUCGAUAGAUUGUCCUAACGGAUACUAUUUAACGAGGGAAUUGCAGUGCGCUGUAGAAGGAUGGGAACCGAACAGCGAACCCUGGACGACUCAACAUUACAGCGUAAACGGAAGGAAUCUGGUGCUAGAAGUGAAACAAUCUAGUCAAUCGAUCAGAGUUCGAUCCGUGCGCGUUGAAUGAAACGUAUAAAUAAGUUAAGAUAUUUGAGAGUAAAGGAAUUCCACGAGCUUAGCACUUGUAAUACUCGCAUCGGAUUUAUUGAACCGAAAUCUAGUUUCUUCGGAUAGUUCUGAAAAUGCAAGGAAAAAGAACCUGUUCGAUUAAAACUGUCUAUGGAUUUCAAUUCGUGGAUCCGAUCUCAAGUUUGAAAUCAAUUCCAUAUAUUUUUCUACAUCGCCUAGAACAGAUUGUAACAAUUUUGAUAAAUAGAUCAAGGUUGCAGCGACGAA